UCGGAACGCUCACUUCACCCUCCCCCCCUUCUUCACAAAAGCUCCCCCUUCUCCGUCCCUUCUAUCGUCUUGCCUUCCUUCCCCCUCUACGAUAUAGGAGGACGAUAGAAUAGACGUAAUGGGUGAACUCUAUCUUCCGCUUGAGAUCUUGCAAUACAUCGUUUGGCAGGUGCCUUCUGGGGAUCGUGUCACCCUUUCCCGUCUAUGUCUCGCAUCUAGCUCUCUGUAUCAUUUUGCGGCGCCGCGACUGUACCGUUCUCUAUACCUCAAUUUUGAGGAGAGGGGAAGGUCCGGACUUUACCUGCUUAACACGCUCUUGCGGCCUGGGUAUGACGCUAGAUGGAAGAAGUGGAUCAAGUCCGUCAAUGUGACGGCGCUGAAGAAUCCUGUUGAAAUACAUGAGAGGCAGAAUGUUUGUGGGUCUCUAGCGAAGGUUUUGAACAAGAUUGAACGUGGGAGCUUGGACAAGUUCAGUUGGGGUGCUUGCUUUGCGCCUCAUAAGCAGGUCGUUGAUGCACUGGUCAAGCAUAAGAAACUGCGGUGUCUCCAGGUUGCUUUCCCCUUCGAUCCUCAUCGCAGCUCGGACGAUGGGGAGGAGACGGACACUAUUUUUAAGGCGCUCCCGGAGGAGAAUUGCCAUCAUCUGGAAUCGCUGGAGAUUAGAAAGGCCUGGACCAAAGAACAGAUGACUGCUGCUGCCAAAGCUAUAGGUUCCCCUGGGUUGAAGAAUCUAACGCUUCAUAUGUCCUACUUUUUCGACUGGGAUUUGGAGAAUGAAUUUAGCAGACUGCCUCCUAGGCCUAAUGACGAAAGUUCGAAGCUGGCCUUGAUUGACCUGUCUGGGAUUAGCUUGUGCAAUGCACUGCCAAUCAUUGAUAGCUACUUUAAUCCCUCAACACUGCGUAAGCUAGAGCUACGAGACUGUGUUGGUUACGAGAACGUGUGCCUCGCACUCUCGCAGCACCUCGGUGUCCUUGGCGUUGAGGAGUUGGUGCUUAUCUCCUGGGAAGAUUGUGGUGAUGUCUCCAAUAUUAUACGAUUCGUCGCCAAAUGCAAACGUCUCAAGGUCCUAUGCCUGGACUUGAGCUCUUUUACCGAUGAAGGGAUACUAAAGUUGAUACCUGCGUUUUCGGAAUCCAGCAAGACAUUGGAGGUCCUGUCUCUCUGUCUUAGAAACAACCAAAACUGGCAUGGUGAAUCGCUAUACUACCCCCUGAAGGCCCUACACGUCAUGAAAAGCUUUGAGAACCUUCGAGAGAUAGGAAUGAGCUACGCCAUUCAUCCGAAAGAUCUCUACAAGAUCGUCCCGACUCUUCCGCCUAGCGUGCGCGCUGCUGACCUACGCUUCCCGUGGAUCCACUGGGACGCCGAGAGCACAGGGCUCAUGAUCUCUUACAUCUCCGCCCUUGCCGAAGCUCUCCCUGCCGGGAAUAGUCUUACACACGUGAUUGUUGGUGAUAAUGAUGACUCUACUGAUCCGCUUGCGUUCAAGACGAUUCCUACUGUACAUGAGAUGGCGGGGAAGGAGGUGAGGGAGUUGAGGGAACUUAGGCUUAAGUGUUUUCGCUCUGAUUGGUUUUAGUGGCAAGUGGUUUGUGGGUGGAUUCCGUUGGGGCAGCGGUAGGUUGGGUAGGGUAGCCAUUACUUUUUCGUAUUGUAGAUAUUAUUUCUCCCUUUCUCCCCCUUUCCUUUUUUUAGCUAGCUUCUGUUCAUUUCCGCUCUUUUCUUUCCCCUUGACCUCAUCAUCUUAUUUUUCCGCCAUGGUGCAUGAUGGGGCCCAGAUCGCCAGGGGCAGACGCAGAGAUUUUUAGGGGCAGGGGCAGGAGAAGGUAGCAGAUGCCCGUUUCUUUGCAUAGAAGCAGCAGAGGAAGGGGGGGCACAUGAAGUCGAUCUGGAACGGACGGGUAAUGUCAUAAGCAGCAGCAGGCGUGCAUUGCAUUUUCUCUUCAUUUUUUCAUUUUUCACAUUUUUCACACAUUUUUUCACUUUUCAAUUUUUCCAUUUUCAUUUUCAUCCCCUCCCCUCAUCCUCGCUUUUCUCCGCUUGCUCGCUUGUUUCAUUUUCUCCCAUUUCCAUUGUUACUCAUCACAUUACAUUACCCUGGGCGUAAUCAUUCAUCCAUUCAUCAUACAUACCAAUACCACAUUGCAUAUAAUAUGGAAUGAGUUAACCCUUCUGGCA